GGAAUUUCGAUUAGGUAUAGUUUUGGAGAAACGUACUUCCGAGGAAUUGUGGAUAUUGUUAAGGAAGAUCGAGGAAAUUUCGAAAAAUAUUCUAUUUAUUAAUGUUAGGAGCAAUGAAUUUAACUGUUUGAAAGAAGUACAAGAUGUUCUUGCCAAUGAAACACAAGAAGAUAACACGAGAGUGAUACUUGUUGAGAAAGGAAACUUUGAAUCUGGUCUCUUAGGAUUCAUUAAUUGCUUACAGAAAGAACCUGGAGGAAAAAUCUUUCGAGCUGUUUUAGUUCAGGAUCUUACAGCCCGAAAUUUUCUUUAGAAUUGCCCCUUUAUUCGGAACAAUUCGAAACCGAUCUUUUUAUCAAUGUUUUAAGGCCAGGAAACAUAUGGGGAUCAUAUAGGCAUCAACUACAUCCAUCUCAUGAACCAAAGCUUAUGUAUCAUGCUUUCGUUAAUCAGUUGUCACGCGGAGAUUUAAGUACAUUACGUUGGCUCGAAGGACCAAUUACGAAAGACUAUCAAAAGGAGAAUCUUGUUCGCAUCCAUUAUGCAUCGUUGAACUUUAAAGACGUGAUGUUGGCAACAGGUAAAAUAGGAUUAGAUGUGUUUCAACAGAUCAGAAAAGAUGUUGACUAUGUACUUGGAUUUGAAUAUAGCGGAAUCACUAUUGGUGGUCGACGUAUUAUGGGACUUAAUCCAAACAAAUGCUUAUCAAAUCUUUGUCAAAUGGACGAGAUUUUUUCUUGAACCGUAUCUGAUAGUUGGAAUUUGGAAAAUGCAGCGACAGUACCAUGCGUAUAUUCCACAUAUAUUGUUGCGCUUUAUAUUUACGGAGAAAUGAAAAAGGGUGAUAGAAUACUUAUCCACUCUGGUGCUGGUGGUGUUGGCCAAGCUGCGAUUAACUUAGCUCUUCACGAAGGCUGUGAAGUAUUUACUACCGUUGGUACACCAGAAAAACGUAAAUUUAUUAAAGAAACAUUACCCAGCAUCGAUGAUAAUCAUAUUGGAAAUUCUCGAGAUACUAGCUUCGAACAAAUGAUUUUGCAAGAAACCGACGAUAGAGGUGUAGAUAUAGUUCUAAAUUUUUUAACGGAAGUAACACUUUUAGCAUCUCUGCGUUGUUUAACCUAUGGAGAACAAUUUUUAGAAAUUGGAAAAUUUGACUUAGCCGCAGAUAAUCCGUUAAACAUCGAUGUCUUUACGAAGGAGAUCAGUUUUCAUGCUGUAAUGUUAGAUCAAAUUAUAAUUACCAAGGACGAAAUCAAAAAUGAAAUAAGUUCAAGAGUAAACAAACUCCUUAAAGAAAAUGCAAUCAAACCUAUUGCAAGAAGAAUCUUCGGCAAAGAUAAAAUAGAGAAAGCUUUUAGAUUCAUGGCUGCUGGUAAUCAUAUUGGAAAAGUACUCAUAAAGAUACGCGAAGAAAAUGAACAACUGAAUACACCGAUCUUGACUGAACCUUAUUAUAGAUGUUUCCCGAACAAAGGUUAUACAAUUAUUGGCGGCUUUGGAGGCUUUGGUUUAGAAUUAAUCGAAUGGUUGGUUCUUCGAAAUACUAAAAAUAUUGUCAUUACUUCGCGAAACGGCUUGAAGAAUGGUUAUCAACAAAUGAGAAUCAAGAGAUGGGAAUCAUACGGCGUGAAUAUUAAGAUCUUUGUCGGUCUCGAUGCGGCUAAUCAAGAAGAUUGCGAGCUUAUAGACCGUAUUUGUCAUAAACACACUAUGAAUACUUUUGAAGAAUGUUUCAAGGGAAAGGCCUGGGCAACGAAACGUUUGGACGAAGUUACUAGAAACCUUUGUCCAGAUCUUCGGCAUUUCGUAGUCUUCUACGAAAUAUGCGAAAAAAGGGUAGAAGAAGGUUUGCCUGGAUUAGCUAUUCAAUGGGGAGCGAUUGGAGACGUCGGUCUUAUUGCAGACAUGCAGGAUAACGAGAAAGAACUUGUUAUUGGCGGCACUUUACAGCAAAAAAUAACAUCUUGUUUAAAAGAAAUGAAUCGAUUUUUGGUACAAGAUAAACCUAUAGUUGCUAGUAUGAUAAUCGCUGAAAGACGAUUAGAUGGAGUUUGUUCGGACAAUGUCGUAAAUACUGUCUUAAAAAUUAUGUGUAUUAAAGAAUUGAAGAGUAUCAAUCAACAAAUUUCCUUGGCUGAACUUGGAAUGGAUUCUAUGAUGGGCGUGGAAAUAAAACAAACUUUAGAGCGCGAGUAUGAAAUAUAUCUCAACGCGGAAAAUAUUCGCAGCUUAAACUUUGCCAAACUUGUGGAAAUAGAUAAUAAGCGGGCAGGUGAUAGUAAUCGUAUUGAAAUUGCAACCGACAAAAUAUUAUUUAGUAAAAAAGUAUUGAUGCAAUUGUUCGGCGAAGAACUUUCCUCCGAAUUAAUUAUCUCCCUUAAAACUAACCCAGAGGAAGGUCGGAGCGAGAUAUUCUUCAUUCCAGGUAUUGAAGGCUAUGGUAUAAUUUUCGAAACUUUAGAAUCGAAAAUUAAGUCGCCAGCCACUUGUUUCCAACUUAGGACAAAUUAUGAAUUAGAAACUGUAGAAGAAAUGGCCCGUUCAUUUUUACCGCAUAUAUUAGAGAAACUUAAAGAUCGAAAAGAUUUUACUUUAGUGAGAUACUCAUUCGGAUCGCUUGUAACAAUUGAACUCGCACGACAAUUAGAAGCCAAAGGAUUUAAAGGCCGGCUAAUUUUGAUAGACGGUGCUCCUCAACUAAUGAAAGAAUAUGUAAACCAACAGUUACAAUCGUCAUCAGAGGAAGAGCGAGAAACCAAAGUUUUUGUUAUUAUGGCGAAGAUAUUAACAUCUGUUAAGAUCGAACAGCUUGUACUUGAAUUGGAAAAAUCCAAAACGUGGGAUGAGAAGAUAAUUGACGGCAAAGUAGAAGUACAUCUUAUUGACAGCAAUCAUGCCACGAUGUUAGAAAACAAUGAAAUUGCAAUGGCGAUUAAUUGUGAACCGCUUAAGCAGAACUCAUAA